GCGGGGCGGCGGAGCGCGGCGGUGGCGGUGGGUGGCGGUGCGGUCCCCCCCGCCGGCCAAGCCCUCCGCUGCCGGCAGCCGCCCGGCGUCAGCUCGCCCCGGGGCGGCUCCCGGGCGCGCAGGGGGGGCGGCGAGGCGUACUGCCCGGCCUGCCGGCUCCUCAGGGGGCGGCCUCCGCGCCCGCCCGCCUCCUGCCGGCCGCCGCGCUGCCCCGAGGCCCGCCCGGGCCCGCCUCAGCCCGCCCCGGGGAGGGUCCUCCCCGCGGCGCCCCGGCCGCGCUGAGCUGCCGCACGUCCGCGGAGCCUGCUGCGCCGCCUCGCCGUGGCCGCGGCCUCGCCGUUGCCGGAGCCCCGUUGGCAGGUGUAAGGUAGCACACAGGAAGAGUCUGAAUAAAACUUACGACCAUGGCAGCACGCUGGAGAAGAAUCCUGGUAAUAUUUGUGGCUGCUGAAGUACUAUUUGUGGUAAAUACCUUUGAGGAAGAGGAUGUACCUGAAGAAUGGAUUCUUCUUCAUGUUGUUCAAGGUCAGAUUGGAGCAGGAAACUACAGCUAUUUGAGACUAAAUCAUGAGGGAAAAAUAGUACUUCAGAUGCGGAGUUUAAAAGGUGAUGCAGACUUGUAUGUAUCUGAUAUGACGCUUCACCCCAGCUUUGACGAAUACGAGUUGCAGUCUGUAACUUGUGGCCAAGAUGUUGUCCAUGUACCUGCACACUUCCGCCGCCCCGUGGGAAUAGGGAUUUACGGCCACCCCUCUCACCUGGAAAGCGAGUUUGAAAUGAAAGUGUACUACGAUCGAACAGUUGUACAGUAUCCAUUUGGCGAGGCUUCUUACAACCCUGAGGAGGUGGAGGCACACCAGAAAUACUCACAGUCUACAGAAGACGAAUCUCAGGAUGAGGAAUCUGUUUUCUGGACUAUACUUAUUGGGAUCUUGAAAUUAAUACUUGAAAUUCUCUUUUAAAUUGAUACACACUGGACUAAGUCACACUUCAGCCUGUGAAAUCGAACACGAAUGACUUGCUGUAAUAUUUAAUACUCUUUGUUAUGUUUCCUGAAGAGGUAUUCAGGUUACUUUUCCUAGACCAGAAGGGAAGCAGGGGAAAAAGCCAUAUUUAAUUUUAUAUUGUAAAUCUUUCCCUAUAGGUAAAAGGAGCAGCAAGCACAGUAUUUGCAGCGUUCUUCAGAGAUCAGCACUUAAAAAUGAAUGUACAGUCGGGAUUUUGUUAACUUUAAACAGGUGCUUAGGAAAAUCAACUCCAAUUCAGUAUUUUCUAUUCUUUUUUAUAAAGAAAAGUGAAAUAAACUGCUGCACUUCCA